AUGCAAUCUUCUCAGGGGAAGCAGGUGAUCGAGGCUUCACCUUCCUCGAACUUCUCGUCCGGGUUGCAAGAAGUUUUGUUCAUCUUCGUUGUGGGUCUGUCCCAGCUCUUUUCCGUUGGGGGCCUCGGAAAUGCCGCGUUCUCCAUGCAACAUAUCGCCAAGGACCAGGGCGUCACCAGUAACGGCCAGAUGUCUUGGUUCUUAGCUGCCUAUUCGCUUUGUGGGGGUGUUUUUGUCUUGGUGACCGGUCGUCUGGGUGAUCACUUCGGUCACAAGUAUGUCUUCUUCUUCGGAUGGCUGUGGAUGGCUAUUUGGUCCCUGAUCAGCGGCUUCGCCCACGAUAUCAUCCUCUUCGACAUCGCCCGUGGGAUGACUGGGAUCGGUAACGGUGCUCUGGUGCCUAACUCCUUUGCUCUGUUGGCUCGUGCCUUCCCACCCAUGUCCGUGAAGAAGAACAUCGCCUUCGCCUUCCUGGGCUUCUGCGCUCCUUCGGGUUACAUUUUUGGCGGCCUCAUCGGCGCUGCUUUCGCCGAGAACGUCACCUGGCGAUGGGGCUUCUGGUUCUGGGCUAUUGGAUGUCUAAUUCUCUGUAUGGCCAGUUUCGUGGUCAUCCCCAAUCGUGUGGGCUCCCCCAUUCCCGGGCUGAGCAUCAAAAAUCUCGACUAUAUUGGCAGCAUCCUUGGUAUCUCCGCCCUUAUCCUGUUCUCCUUUUCUUGGAACCAGGCAUCUGUGGUUGGUUGGGACACUCCCUAUAUUUGCGCUCUCCUCAUCUUCAGUGUAGUCCUGCUGGUCGCUUUCAUCUACUCCCAGUCCAAGGUUGCGGCGCCUGUUCUGCCCAAUUCCCUCUGGAAGCGUCCCAGUUUUGCCCCUGUCGUCGCCGCCAUGUCUUUCGGCUGGAUGUCUUUCGGAAUCUUCCUGUAUUAUACCACCGUCUUCAUUUUGAACGUUCAUUCCAAGCUGCCUCUCACCGCUGUCGCGCAGAUGGUGCCCCUAGUCAUCGGUGGUCUGUGUGCGACUAUGUCCGUGGGUCUGUUCAUCAGCAAGGUCCGCGCCGAGUAUAUAUUCGGCGUGUCAAUGUUCUCAUUCUUUCUCGGAAAUUUGCUUAUGAGCUUCGCAAACUACUCGGAUGUCUAUUGGGCCUUCAUCUUCCCUGCCUGUCUGCUCGUCGUCGGCGGUCCCGAUCUGUCCUUCGCCUCUUCCGGUAUCCUAAUCUCCAACGCUGUGCUUCCCGAGGAGCAGGGCGUGGCCGGCUCCUUCAUCUCGACUGUUGUGCAGUACUCCAUCUCCAUCGGUCUAGGUAUCGCGGCCACUAUCGAGGGUCACGUUAAUCACGGCGGGAAGGAUACCAUUCUGGGCUAUCGCGGUGCUCUGUGGCUGGGUACCGGUCUCGCUGCUGUGGCUUUCUUCAUCGUUGUUUUCUUCGUGCGCGACACCCGCUUCGAUAAGACAAAAGAAGCCGAGGUUGAGGAGAGCUCUGGUGCUGAGGAAAUGAAGAUCGAGGUUUGA